AUGUUGAAGAGAAGGAAGCGUGUGAGCAAUUCGGCUCAGUGGUGUAAGAAUUUAAGAGAUUCCCACAGAACUGAUCGUAGCAAAAGGAGUGAACAUCCAAUGUCGUUCUCUUGUGGGGAACAUUUGGAGGCAGUGCGAAAAGAGAUGACGGUGUUGGCGAAUCAAUUGCAAAUGAGCAAACAGGAGCUGGAAAAAGUGAAAAUGGAAACGACGAAUUUCCAGCAGCAGUUAAGUGCUUUGAGCGAACAAGCCCUACAGAGUCAGAUGGAGAUGGUAAAGAACCAGGAGGCUACUAAACGAUUACACCACAUAAUUUCGAGCUAUAUGCCGAUGCUACCUCCAGAAUAUCAGGCGUUUGCACUUGGUGAGUUGGAGAAAAUCCGUCGAGACGAAACUCAAUCACAGCAAGCACAAGCAGCAAUACUGAUGGGUGGCAUGCCUAACAUGAUGAUGGCCAGGAAUCCCAUGAUGAUGGCUGGAAUGGGUAUGGCUGGGCUACCAGGAGCAGCCACUGCCUCACCUCGAAUGACGAAACCGAAUGGUGUCCCGAACGGUGGCCAGAGUGGAAUGCCGGCUAGCGUUGCGAACGGUAUGGCGGCAGCAGCCGCUGCGGCUGGGAUGGCUGGGAUGCCGCCAGCAAUGGCUGCUGCAAUGCAUAUGCCUCCACAACAAGCGGCAAUGUUACAAGCACAAAUGAUGAUGGCCGCUGGAAUGGGAAUGGGAAUGCCUGGCAUGCCAAUGCCGGGCGGAAUGGCCAUUCCGCAUGCAAUGAACGGUAUCAUGCCGCAGAUGUUACCACCGAUGAGCGUCGCUGCAUCGGGAGCUAGUUUUCCAGCGCUUACACCGCAGAUGAAUGUUUCGGUCUCGAUCCCAUCGCGGAAUCCUUCAAAUGGGGCGUUAAGUGCCACUCACGCAUCAGCGACGAACUCACCGCGACCUGCGGAUCCGUUGACGCCACAGACAAGUAUUGCAGCACCUAUCAGUGCUCCUGUUGCAAGUUUGAAAGACGACCGUCCAGCACCAUCACCGGCAAAGGCUGCCGUAGAUGAAAAUGUGUCCGUAGUAUCAUAA